AUGACAUAUGGAAGUCUUCUCGAUGAGCAAUCUGACGAGAGCAAGAAUGACAGCGCAACAGAAAAACUCAUAUCUCUUGACUCAUCUACUCAUCUACACAUCCAGUUCCUGUAUCACUACCUAUGUAUUCGGGUUGUACCAGGUGGCAAUAUGAAACUGCACAUAAGAUACCUCAUUAAAUCAGGCAUCCUGCAUAACGAUGGAGUUAAGGCUGCGGCUGGCAAUAGCUCGGGCCUGGGGAAAUGGAAAGUCACGCCCCCUCGACCAAGGCAUGGGAGACAAAAUCCCAUGAUGCCGGGCCGAGGUCCUAACCAGGCGGUAGAAAGGAUUCCCACUAGGCGAAGCAAGACCCAAAGUUGGAAUGAUCACGGGCAGACCGAGCCGCCAAAGAGGAAUUUGACCGAGCCUAGGGCUGUGGCAGAUGACAGCUGA